AAGAGUGUCAGUAAGACCCAGGUGUAAGUUACCAAUUUACCAUUCCACUAUUCGGGUCUACAACAUUCAACAAUAACUGCUUAUCUUGCUCUGAUUCACUUUGGGCGAAAUUCGAAAACCAUUUCCACCCAGCUUCGCAAUAUAGAAUCAAAGCAAACCAAACCAAACCAUGGCAGUGAAGAUGAACAAUGCUACUAAUUUUCUUUCAUAAAAUCUUCAUUCUAGUUUCUGAAAUUUCUUGUUUUCACUGGGGUUUCAACAAGAUGAUGUCUCCUAAACCAAAUUCUGAGGAUCGUCACUCUAUUUAUUCCAGGCAAACACCUCUAAGAAUCAUACAUUUUGCUGGAAAUUUUAUGCGAAUAUGGUCAAUAUAUUCUAUGUACCUGUACUUUAUGCAGUCGGAAUCUUCAGUAGUGCUUUUUAUCUUCAGUUGCAUGGUGCCAUCAUCUAUCGUCUUGUUAGCUCUGCAAAAACCUUGGAGAGGAAGGCCACUGUCCAAUGCUCAGAUUGUUCCCUCCAUGAUAAAUGGAGCCAUAACAGCGUUGUAUUUCAUCCUUUGGGUGAAAGGGGUGAAAGCAUGUGGCCCUCUUCGAGCAAUUCUUGCAGAGUACUCCGGUGCUGUCCUUGGAGUAGUAUCUGCAGUUCUUUAUGGACGUAAGGGUCAUAUUUGGAAGAAGGUUGGUGGGUUUGUAGCAAUGAUAGCGUCUCUCUAUUUCUUAUCUCAAGGAUGGGCCAUGGCAACUUAUUCUCCAUUUACAUUCCGAGAAAACCAGGAUAUGGAUUCUCAGAAGGAAAAUGUAUUGGGAAUGAGGGAAAUGGCUGUUCCUAUGUUUGCAGGAAUAUUAUCAGCUUUCAGAAGAGUAAUUACACGGCGCAUUUCUAUUAAGAAUCAGCUUAAAAGGCGUCUUCAUGCCAUUACCAUUGCUUCUGCUACAUGCUUCAUGUUUCCAGUUGCCAUGUGGGACAUAAUAUUGGGAACAACACCUGAUGGCAAUAAAGAAUUUACCUUUUCCACAUGGCCUUAUAUCAGCACCAUCAUUUUUGGGGUUAUUUUGAUAUUCUAUGUUGAGAAUAUCGCAGAAGAAAGGUUGCACAUGGUUUUCUCAUCUCCCAAACAUCUUAUGGUGGCCGGAGGAUGUAUCAUUGUAAUGGAGAUAAUGUACAAAAUGGACUUUUCUCUGGCUGGAUUCAUUAUUUGCUGUGUAGUUCUUGGUUUUGGGAUAUAUGAAGCCACUUCUUUAGAACGUCCACGGAGAGAUUCCCAACAAGCUUCGGAUUAUUCAGAUAAUCUGUUUGAGGACCCGGUUCAGAUAUCAUCUUUACCAACUUAAAGGGCUACUUCGCUGGACGAUCCUUCCUACUUGUGCAAUUGUGUUAUUCAUUUAGAAAUCAACGUGUUUGAAGUCGGAAGUCAACUACAGCUCGUGAACAUUCAUGAAAAAGUUAGAUUUUGAUCGUGGCCGAUAAAACAUAGAAGCUCAAAAUGAACUUGCUGGAGCAAAUAAGGUAAAUUCUCAUGCUCGUCCAUCAGCAUUUAUAGGUUCUCGUUGGGAAAGGCGUGUUAACAACAAUCGAAGAAAAUGUGCAUUAUUUGAUGAAGAGAAUACCCUUUGCUGCAGAACAGUUUAUAGGACUCAAAAUUGUUAUUCAUAGCUAAUUCUUUCCAAUAUGAAAGGAACAAAAGGAAAAUUGAUCUUGUUUUUUGAAUCUUUUCCUAUAUCUUUGUUGCAAUUGUGUUUAGCUUUCGUGAUGUUAUCCCAUUAUAUCUAUGAAAGGAAAUUCGUGAUACUUACGCCCAUUUAGGUAUGCCUUAUGGCAUGUUCCGAAUAGCGUCUACUCCCCACCCCGGGAAUGGCCUCGUGAUCAAUGAUAACCGUCAAUUUUUCGCCCCCUCGCCUAAGAUAUGUUCAUGGUAAGAUUUUCGGGCCUCUUGGUCCUGACCUAAAAUCAUGGCUUGGGCACUACUCAUUGAGUUAUAUUUUUAAGGGUCAUAAUAAAGAGAAAGGAACAACAAACCCUUGUGAAAAAUCCGAGUA